AUGUCAGAGAAACAAAGCAAUAGGACUGCACAACCGCGUUUGGUUGAUCAAUUUCUACAGAUCGGAAAGGCAGCUUUUGAUCCAGAGAUUCCCGAAACCAAAAGAAUUCAAUCGCGACAUAAAUUUAACGAUUUAAUUGAAAGUAAUUCUACUUUGAAACUCAUGCCCGUGUUGAAUCUUCUUGUUCAACCAGACCGAGUGCAGCCUUGGUUACGAGGACCUUUGAUUCAAACUUUAGCCCGUCUUCCCUUGAGACCGCGCGGCGUACAAGAUACGAUCGAAUUUGUCUUCUCAAUUCAUCCGAGCAAUGCGAGUAUGAAAGCAUCGGAUUCCGUUGGUAGUCGUUCCGUUAAUAUUUCUCAUGAAGCCAUGAGCUCCGCAUCAAGACUCUUAUCUUCACCCCCACAAGGAAUGUCAGCAGAGGAAUGGUUCAGUGGUAUUGCCCCUCAAUUAUUUGAUAUUCUGGAUGGAAAAGGAGAGCGAGAAAUGGAUAAAGCUGCUUCUUACAUUAUUGGGUUUGGUAUAAUAGGUCGCAAGCUUUACGGUGCCCCAGGCGCACCGGGAUGGAAAUCAUUGGUCGAGCCAAUUAUUGGAUCAAUUGACCCAGCCCUUAUGCCCCUAUCCACAACACAAGAAUCACAAGUUGAAGAGAUAGCAGUACUUGGAAUGCCAGAAGUUCUUAUCACAGCAAAGGAUCUUAGGACAAAUCUACGAAGAUUGCUUACUAUAGUAACAUCACAUCCUCACCCAUCACUAACAAAGCGACUUCUUAAUCCGAUUCUCUUGCCACUGUGGGCUUUAUUUUGCGUCGAAAACAAAGAUAAUGGCGGGGAUUCUAGUGCGUGUGCAGGAAAGCUGUUGAAGAUUUUGCUGCAGCUUUUAGCGUCAACGACUUCUAAGCCUAGCGAAGGCGCACUUUCCAAAAUUCUGAAGGACCUUCUGUUUCAAGGCAGAUCAGAGCCUGCUAAAACGAGCUGGAUUUAUCGUCUAUCAAAAGAUGAUAGUGAUAUUCAGAUUGAAAAAAAGUCAGAAACUAACAAGAGGAAUCAAGAACACCUUGAUAUCGGCCAAAUCAAUACAGCAGUAGAGAAGUUCAUUGGCCUAUUGAACGAGUUUCCUGAUUCUGACUCACAGGUACCUCAAAUGUUUUUAAUGUUGUGUCAGAAAUGGCUCUCGCAAGCAAGGACUUCUACAACUCCGUCUAUUUUAAUUCAUUCUACGUUGAUCAGUGGCGAAGAAGAUGCGAAGCAAAAGCUCAUUGAAGCAAAGUUGUUACAAGAAAUGAUCAACGUAAUGCCAGAGAAGCUUGUUCAAGAUUCUAAGCAGAUAGUGGAGCUAGUUGAUGGGGUACUUACCGACGCAGCAGGCGCCGAAGAUUCAGAUUCCGAAGAUCAGGAGGGAACUGUCUCUAUUGCUUUAAGUCUAUUAAACAUUAUUCUUACAUCACCAAACUUCAGGCCAAACCCUAUUAUAGAACCUUUCUUAGAAAGGAUCGAAUCCUCUCUCCGAAUUUAUGGGCGCAGAACAGUUACAGAAGUAACACAAACCGCACAAAAUCUUCUCGUCAUUCUACAGUUUCGCCAUGCACUUCAUGAGUCAAGCGAGUCACUAUCCGAAAAUAUUCCCAGUCGGGCAGUAGAAGACCGAAAGACGUAUAAUCUUGCUUUGUCAUAUCUAACUUCUGUUGAAUCUCCGCCUCCAGUAAGAGUCCAGGGAAUUGAACUAAUCCAGAGCCUUGUUAGUGCUCGUAGUUCGAUUUUGGACAUACCUGCGCUUCUCAUUCUCUUCGCAUCGCUACUUCAAGACUCCGAAGAAUACGUUUAUCUCCGUGCUAUCAGGUGCUUCAUUGACCUCUCAAAAAUUCACCCUAGGGCUGUAUUAAAAGAUCUUAUUGAGCGUUAUGCAGAUGGCAAUGAGGAUUAUGAUCUUGACGCACGUUUGAGACUUGGGGAAGCCUUACUCCAAGUCAUUCAAUCCUCGCCAAGAAACUUUACAGGUAGUAUUGCACAAACCGUCAGCGAAGGUCUGAUUUCGAUUGCUGGUCGCAGAGGCCAUCGACCUAAAAGCGAGGCCGAACAAAUCAAACGCGAUAAACUCAAGAAACAGAAGACAGCCGAAGCAGAAGAGGCAUGGGAUGGCCCAGUGCCACAAUUAGACGAGAUUCUUGAACCGGAUGCCGACCAUCCCGAAUAUGAAUUACUUUCUCAAAUAGUUUCAGGUUGGGAAAGCAAGCGUGGAACGGAAGAUAUACGGACACGCUCAUCUGCUUUGGCAAUUCUCGGCGAGGCCAUAGAAUGUAAUGUAUCAGGUAUCGGACAUAAACCAAUUUCUAUGUCUGUAGAUCUCAGCAUUCAUAUACUCACAUUGGAACCAGAGGUUGAGAAGGGUAUUCUUCGCCGAUCUGCCAUUCUUCUCGUCAUGAGUUUUGUACGCGCAUUGGACAAGGCUAGAUCUGAAGGUAGACAAUUAGGAUUUGGAUUCGUAGGCCAGAGUUUGGAUGAUAUGACGAGAAUAUUGAGAUAUGUUCAGGGUACGGAUAAUGAUGGCUUGGUUAGACAGCAUGCAAAAGACGUCGUCGAGGGAAUAGAGUCAUGGCAAAUGAAUUCACUCAUCCCGGUUGGAAGCUCAGCAGGUGGUGGUGGGAUGGAGAACUUGGCUGGUUUGAAUAUUACCCCAGUCAGCAGGAAUGCAAAUGUUACGAAACCGAGAAUUGAGGAAAUUGAGUAGGCCUGGACCGAUUUGAAAUGAAUAUUCUACGGCGCAUAGAGAAUGCUUUUUUGUAAUCUACUUGUUGGGACGGCAGGAUACUUUCAAUCUCGCAAAAUUUCGUUGUUGAGUUAAUGUGAGGGCCAUCCUCUGGCCUUCACACCCAUCAUAAUUUCCACGCCCCACACACCUUUGUUCUGCAAGCGAGAAAGUGGAUUUGAUGGAUUUGAUUCUCAUCACAUAUAAAUGAGAAAGGGAUCGAGAAGCAUCUGCAGGAUGCAGAGUUUCUGAAGGCCAUCCGAUGAAUUCAUUGUCAGUCAAAGCACAUAUAUAGUUCGUUGCUGCCCCUUCGACUUGCUAAACAUCUACCGGUAUUACAUGUGAGAGUCGCUCCUCGGUACAUUUGUAAGCUGUAAAAAUGCAGGAUUUCUGGAUAAAUGCACUUCAUGAAGAGAUGAAACGAGUCCGAUUCUCGUUCACUUGCAGCUCUUUCAUGCUAUCCUGUCCAAAUCUACAAUCCAGCCUUGCCAGGAAACUAGUUUCCACGUCAUUGGUUGACCGCCGGGCGCGGACAUAUAUCCUAAUUAGCAAUAGUGGCUGUUAGAAUGUAGCCCCACGCGGUCCCCAAGCUGCCAUUACCGUAUUCUGUAGAAGCGAAAGAAGUAAGUGGAUUCACAUGCUAAAUUCGAUUCUUAUGGAAGGUCGGAAAUACUACACCCCGCGAAUUAGGUCGCGUGGUGUUGGUUGUGUUGGGUUUUCGCGCAGCUGCAGAUUCUAUCCCCCGAAGUCUUCCCCAGAUUUCUCCACAACGCCGUUGCUGUGCGACAAACGGCAGUCGUUCAGUUCUUGUCAAGAUACCUAGUAUUUGGUUCUAAAAAAGCUCUGAAAGCGUGUUCAAUUGCCAAUGUAGCACAAAUAG